GAAUUCACUGCGUCCACAACAGAAAUAUUUUUAACUAGUGUAGAAGAAACAACAAGCCAGCACACUCCAACCAUUCUUUCAAUUUCAACCACAGAAAUACAAUCUGCACCAUCAACAGCAACUAAAUCUCCAACUUCUUCAUCGUCUCCCACAGAAGGUUUAAGUACUAAAGAAAUUACUACAUCCACAAUAGAAAUAUCUUCAGCUACAGCAGAAGAAACAACAAGCCUGCAAACUUCAACCACAAAAAUGCAAUCUACACUUUCAACAUCUGUAACCUCUAUAUCUUCACCAUCAUCUUUCACAGAUAGACAGAGUACAACAGAAUUCAAUCCAUCUACAACACCAAUAUCUUCAACUAGUGUAAAAGAAACAACAAGUCAGCAGACUCCAACCAUUCUUUCCAUUUCAACAACAGAAAUACAAUCUAAACCAUCAUCAGCAAGUAACUCUCCAUCAUCCUCAUCGUCUCCCACAGAAGGACUAAGUACGAAAAAAUUUAUUACAUCCACAACAGAAAUAUCUUCAGCCACAGCAGAAGAAACAACAAGCCUGCAAACUUCAACCACAAAAGUGCAAUCUACACUUUCAACAUCUGGUACAUCUCCAUCUUCACCAUCGUCUUUCACAGAAGGACAGAGUACAACAGAAUUCACUCCAUCUACGACACAAAUAUCUUCAACUAGUAUAAAAGAAACAACAAGCCUGCAAACUUCAACCACAAAAGAGCAAUCUACACUUUCAACAUCUGGUAUGUCUCCAUCUUUAUCAUCGUCUUUCACAGAAGGACAAAGUACAAUAGAAUUCACUCCAUCUACAACACAAAUAUCUUCAACUAUUGUAAAAGAAACAAGUCAGCAGACUCCAACCAUUAAUUCCAUUUCAACCACAGAAAUACAAUCUACACAAACAACAGCAAGUAACUCUCCAUCUUCAUCAUCAUCAAUAACAGAAUUGCAGAGCACGCCAGAAUUCACUGCAUCCACAACAGAAAUAUUUUUAACUAGUGUAGAAGAAACAACAAGCCAGCACACUCCAACCAUUUUUUCCAUUUCAACCACAGAAAUACAAUCUGCACCAUCAACAGCAACUAACUCUCCAACUUCCUCAUCGUCUCCCACAGAAGGUUUAAGUACGAAAGAAAUUACUACAUCCACAACAGAAAUAUCUUCAGCCACAGCAGAAGAAACAAAAAGCCUGCAAACUUCAACCACAAAAGUGCAAUCUACACUUUCAACAUCUGGUACGUCUCCAUCUUCAUCGUCAAAUACAAUCUACACCAUCAACAGCAAGUAA